AUGUGCUUCCUAUCACCCACCGCAUGGAUUACAUUUCUUGCUACCUCACAACCAAUUGGACUUGUCUUUUCGAACCAUCAACAAUCAAGGCGACUUUCCUCAUGCCAAUCAAUGGCAAAACCAAGUGAUGGCGACAUGCAGGUGGCAAAAUCCAAACGUGUUGUAUUCCUUCGGCAUGGUCGAACGUAUAUGAAUGAUUUCAUCGGAGGUGUUCAUUUCGGAGCUCCCAAUUUUUCUGAUAUCUUCCCUGAGACUCCUGAAAACAAAUCCAAAUACAUAGACUCUCCCCUCACUCCUGAAGGUAUCAAGCAGGCACAAAACUUGAAGUCUGUACUCCAGAGAACAAGAAAAUUGAAAGACUACGGUGCAAACAAGAUGGAAGAAAGACUUUUUGGUUCUCUGCUGGAUGAAAUCGAUUUAGUAGUUGUCAGUCCUCUAACUAGAGCAUUGGAGACCAUGGACAUUGGGUUAUACCCGCUCAUCAAAGCUCGAAAUAUUCCGAUUGUCGCUAAUCCCCUUGCAUCUGAAAGGCUGUAUCUUGUUUCCGACGUCGGUCAAGCGCGAAAGGAGUUGAAAAAAAUGUAUGAAUACGUUGAUUUUGAUUCUUGCAUAUCAGACGAUGACAGGCCAUGGCAUUUUCAACCAACAGAAGAUCUCAAGAAAACAUACGUUGAGUGGCGGCCAUCUGGGCACGGACAGGUAUAUGCCUGUCUCGGGGAACCACAGGAUCAUUUUGAUCGCAGGAUGACCGAAUUAUUUCUAUUCUUGGAAGAGCGACCGGAACGAACUAUCGUACUAGUUUGUCACGCUGGUGUGAUCGAUUGGUUCUUGCACGAGACCUUCGAAAAUUGUGAACUCGGAAUCGUAGACUUCGACCGCCUAACUCACAAUCCACGCAUCCAAAGAUGGAAACGAUAG